AUGUUCUGCGUUGCAAUGCGGUGGGCGUUGCGAAGCGGUUUCUGUUGCAAACUGUUGUCCGUUGCCAAUUUGCGCCUGCUACAAAGUGGUUGCUGUUGGAGACUGGUUUCUGUUGGAAAAGGUGCCUGUUGCAAACUGAUGAAGUUCGUGCAGAAUUCACCGAUUUAUAUGUCUGCUGUGAAUGAAUUACUUCACGCAGAUGACACUUUUAUCAGCGUGCAUAAUGCACAGCAGUCCAGCAUCUUAUAUUGCUGCAACGUCACUUUCUUGAUUCUGAAAGCGGCUCAUCGAAUGGUGUUGUGGCAGAACAAAUUUUUACGUCAGGGAUGGUUGUGUAAAUGGACCAAGCGUGGUUUUUUGCCUCAUAUUGUUUUAUUAUUCAAUGAUGCCUUUUUGAUUGCUCAUCGAUCCCAGCCUGGUGAUUUCAGACGCAACGCCUUUCUACCUUUGCGAACAAUGACGGUGGAUGAAGGUGAUGCAUUUCACGUAGUUUCCGAUCCAAGUACGUGCAUCACAAUUCAUCUUGCAAAUCAUACAUUUUUAUUAUCUGGCAACUGUACGCGAGUACGGGAUCUAUGGUACGAAGAGCUUACGAAAGCUAUUCAAGAUGCAAAACGCUGUAAAUUUGAAGAUUUACCUCAGACGGAGAUUUUUGGCAACAAAACAAAAACUUGA